UUAAUUUUUGACAAAUUAUAUAUAUUUAAAUGAUCAAAUAGAAUUGGUAAAACAUGCAAAAAGUAAUUUUCUAAGUAUUGCUUUAUUUUAUUGGUAAUUUUUUUAUUCUGUUCUAUUUUUAACACGUGCAGAGAAGUGACCGAUCACGUGGUCAACACGUGUUUACUCUCUUUCGAUUGUGAUCGACCAAUAAAAAUCUCUAGCGGAAUGAUACCGACAAACUGUUGGUUUAUAGCAGGUUCCAAGUUAGAGUAUAGAUGUAAUGGUUUGAAUCCACUCAAUAUGACGCUACCAAAGUGCAAAUUCCGAACUGAUUGGUUGAAACAAAAGGACAAGGCAGAUUGUACAGUAGGAUUAUGGGCAACUGUACGUUCAGACACUGAUGUAUUUUGCAAAGUAUGUAAUUGCAUAAUACAAGUAAAAAAAGGUUUCCAAGCACUUUUUGAUCAUGGAGGUACUGUCAAACACAGACAAAAAUUUACCUGUGCUUAUGGUCCAAGACAGUUACACCUGACAUUGGUUGCACCAGGUGAUAGUUUUGCAGGCCCAUCAAAAAAUGAUGAAAUUCCAAGUAAUACUGAUAAUGGGACUGGAGAAGGAUUGGCAACUGUGAGUUUAUAUAAUCCAAGAGAUGCUGCAUACCAUGCAGAACUGAUAUGGGCCAUGAAAACAAUAUGUAGUAAUUUCUCAUUUGCUGCUUCUAAUAAUAUGGUUCCAACACUACAAGCAAUGCUUCCAAAAACUAAACUUCCUGAAGGAAUAUCAAUGAGUGAGAAGAAAUUGCGCUAUUUAAUAACUGAAGCAUUGGCUCCCUACUUCCAAAAAAAAAUGCUAGAAGAAAUCCACUCUUCAUUCUUUACAAUUAGUUAUGAUGAAACCAGCAAUGUGGAAAGUAAGAAAGAGUUACAGAUAAUGAUUAGGUUUUGGUCUGAGCAAAAAGAACAAGUUGUCUGCAGACACCUAAAUACAUGUUUUCUUGGACGGGCAGAUGCAGAAACAUUGCAUACAUACAUUAUCAAAGCUAUCGAUGAUGCCAACCUGUCACUACACAAACUUUUGAUGAUAGGAUCAGAUGGUCCUAAUGUUAAUCAAAAAGUGUUACGACUUUUUAAGGAAGAUAUACUGGGAAUUCGCAAGAAAAGCCUUGUUGACAUUGGAACAUGUACAAUUCAUAUUAUUCAUAACACAUAUCUGAAAGCAUUAAAUGAACUGGGUGAAGAUGCAUCAGAACUUAUUGUGGCAGUUUACAGAUUUUUUGAUGGAUGGCCUGCUCGGUGGGAAAAUUAUGAAGCUGUGCAAGAAAAGCUCAAGUUGCCUAAGCAUAGAUUUAUAAAACAUUCAACAACACGUUGGCUGACAUUCCAUGAUGCAGCAUCAAGGUUAAUUGAGCAGUGGGAGGGCAUAACUUACUACUUCUUAAAGUAUAUUCCUUCAAGUAAACAAAGCAUAAUGUCAAGUGUUUUGUACAGAAGUAUAUCUUGUUUGUUGAAGAUUCCUUCCAUGAAAGCAGAAGUACUACAAGGCAUUUCAAGUGCAGAAAUUUUCACAAAAUAUACAUCAUUUUUUCAAAGAGAAGAACCUCUAAUACAUCUCCUGUACAGCAAGCUGUGGGACUUGCUUCUAAAGCUAGUUACUAGAAUUUUGAAAGUAGAUAUUUUGAAGCUUGUCAUUCAGUCUAAGUCUGCUAUGCCUGAUAGUAAUGUAUUAAAUCCAAAGAAAUUAUUUGACAAGACAAAUCUUUUGCCAUUAGAGGAAAUUAUUUGCAGUGCUGAGGUUUCUAAUGAGUUGAGUAAAUUAUCUCAAAAAGAUCAAUUGCAUUUUCGCAGUUGCUUACAGAAACACUAUGUUGUGGCUUCCAUAUAUAUGAUAGAAAAAGCUCCAAUUCAAUGCAAACUGUUGAAAUCAUUGACAUGUCUUCAACCAAGUAAUAUUAGUGAAAAAAGCACUUAUAAGGACAUUGUAAGCAUUGCAAGAGCUCUUCCAUGUGACAUUGCUGAGGAUACUUUGCAGGAUGAGUGGCGUCUACUUCAAUUUGAGCGAGUUGAGAGUGAUUUGACAGACUCAACAGAUGUGAGAAUUGAUUCUUAUUGGAGUCAGUAUUUUAAAUUGGUUGACUCCCUUGGGAAUGCAAGAUAUCCCAGUGUAACCAAAUUGGUGAAAUCAGCAUUGACUCUCUCUCAUGGCAAUGCUGAUGUGGAACGGGGAUUUUCGAUUUCACGCCGGGCACUUCCUCCUGAUAGAGCAUCAAUGUCAGAAAGAAUGCUUAAUUCACUUUUGAUUGUUAAGGAGGGACUAAACAUGUAUGACCGAAGCCCACACCUUGUACCUAUUACAAAGGAUUUACUGAAAUUAGCUGCCUCAGCACAUAGAAAUUAUCAAGAUCAAUUGGAAAAUGAAAAGAAGUUAAAAGAAAAAGAGAAACAGAAAAAAAGAGCAGAAGAGGAAGCACAGAAAAAUUUUGAAGAACAUCAAAAGAGAGCUAUUCAUGUCAAGGAAAAGAUUAUGGCACUGCAGCAGAGUUUAAAACAGAAAAAAGUAGAAGAAAGUGAAAUACACGAGACAGGCCAGGUUUUGUUAGAAGCAGCAAACAAAAAACUGGAGAAGGCCAUUAAUAGCAAGAAUAUGAAUGAAAUACGGGCAGCACAUGUCAUGCUUGUUAGUGUUAAAAGUGUUCAAAAGCAAGAGGAAGCAAAAAAGAAGGAAGCUGAAAACAUCCAGAAAAAUCUUAAUAAAAGAACAUCAUCUUUCAUGACUGAUUAUUUACAGAAGAAGCCAAAGACUUAUUAAGUAUUCAUGGUUUACUGGAAAUAUUACAGUAUAUACAAAAAGUUUUAAAAUGUAUUUAACCAUAACAAUAAAAAGAAAAAACUUUUACUGCUAUUUUGCUGAGUUUUCCUUCCAUGUUUUCACUUUGUUUUGUCACUACAGGUAGCUCUCGGUUUACACUGCAGUUCCAUUCCUACAAAAGCCGGCACAAAUCAAAUCAGCGUAAAAUGAAUCCAUAUUUACAGUGAGGUAUAGCGUUAGAUUCUACAUAAGUGAAAAAUAAGCAAAUAAUUUUGUUUAUUAAUACAAUAUAAUGCAAAAUACAUAUAAAUUUAAUUUUUAAAAUGUAUUUUAUCAUAA